AGACUGACCGCCUUCCCAACACAGUGGCUCGGCUUACUUAAUCCCAGCAAGGCAAAAAAAACCCCUCUAUCGGCGCGCCGCAUUUCCGGACCUGGAAAAAAAUUUUAGUUUUCGAGGCAUUCAGUUGCUGAUCGAGGGCUGUUAUUCGCGCUUAUUUUGUCUGGCAACGAUGUGCGGCAUCCUGGGCCUGAUCCUGGGCCAUAUUGGCGAUGAUCCGCAUUUUCCUUGCAAGGCCGCUGCGACCCUGCAUGAGUCUCUCUAUUACCUCCAACACCGCGGCCAGGAUGCGUGCGGCAUAGCGACCUGUGCGGCCGGCGGGCGUAUUUACCAGUGCAAGGGCAAUGGUAUGGCUGGCAAGGUCUUUGAUGAGGGCAGGCGUGUACAGGAUUUGCCUGGUUCCAUGGGUAUUGGCCACCUACGAUAUCCCACCGCCGGUUCCGAUUCCAGCGCCGAGGCCCAACCCUUCUACGUGAACAGUCCCUACGGUAUUUGUCUGGCGCAUAAUGGAAAUCUCAUCAAUGCGGGCGAGUUGCGCGAGUUCCUUGACAAGGUCGCCCACCGACACAUCAACACCGAUAGCGAUAGCGAGUUGAUGUUGAAUAUCUUUGCCAAUGAACUGAAUGAAACCGGCAAGGCACGUGUGAACCAGGAGGAUAUUUUCGAUGCGCUUUCCCGAAUGUACCAGCGGUGUCAGGGAGGAUGGGCAUGUACCGCUAUGGUUGCAGGUUAUGGUAUCCUCGCUUUCCGUGAUUCCUACGGCAUUCGUCCAUUAGUCCUUGGAGAACGCCCCUCGGAUACUCUCCCCGGUGCGAUGGAUUAUAUGUUUGCCUCGGAGAGUAUUGCUCUUCGACAACUCGGAUUCCGCAAUAUUCGCGACAUCUUGCCAGGCCAAGCCGUGUUCGUUCGCAAAGGCCAGGCCCCGGUCUUCCGCCAAGUUGCUGAGCGGCUUGCAUACUCUCCUGACAUAUUCGAGUACGUAUACUUUGCACGCCCUGAUACUGUCAUCGACGGUAUCGGUGUCCACUCGAGUCGGCAGAAAAUGGGCGAUAAGCUGGCCGAUAAAAUCAAGACCAUUCUGGGAGAAGACGGAAUUAAGGAGAUUGAUGCCGUCAUUCCUAUUCCAGAGACAUCGAAUCCCUCCGCAUUUGGCGUUGCUCGGCGACUGGGCCUUCCGUACCGUGAAGCCUUUGUAAAGAACAGAUAUGUUUUCCGCACGUUUAUCAUGCCUGGUCAAAAUGCCCGACAAAAAGGCGUGCGCAGAAAACUCAGCACCAUUGAUGAGGAUUUCUCUGGAAAAUGCGUUCUCCUCGUCGACGACAGUAUCGUCCGGGGCACAACGAGCCGAGAAAUCGUCGCCAUGGCUCGCGAGGCUGGUGCGCGUAAGGUCAUUUUUGCCAGCUGCGCGCCUCCCAUCACACACCCCCAUCUGUACGGCAUUGCGCUGGCGUCUCCCGCAGAACUGAUUGCAUCCGACAAGGACCGCUUCGCCAUCGCCGAGACGAUCGGUGCCGAAGAAGUCAUUUUCCAAGACCUGGAAGACCUCAAGGCCGCUUGCAUUGAACUAUCGCCUCCAAACGGACCCAAGUCAUUCGAGGUCGGCGUGUUCUGUGGCAGCUACAUCACACAUGUCCCCGACGGCUAUAUCGAGCAUCUCGCCGAGUUGCACAACCAGAAGUCAAAACAGCACAGACUCAGUUCAUCAAACCACACAACGCAGCAGGUGGCCAGCAGCGGGCCGACCAUGAUGGAUAAGGCGAGACGCGAUGAUAUCAGCUUGCACAAUGUGGCCUCUGACUCUGCACGACAUUAGCUUUCUUCUGUUGGGUGGUAGUUCAUGUUAUUGCGUUAUCUACAUAGACUUUCAACGUUCACAAUGGAUCCUAGGAUCAGUAAUAGCGACCACGGUUCAUCAUUGCAUAGAGUCAACA